CCGGGGGCGCGUGCGCUGGCGCGGAGGGCGGCGGAGGCGGCGCGGGGGUCGGUGGCGCUGCGCGGAGCGGGGAGCCAUGAGCGCGGAGGGCCCCCGGGGCACACAGCCGCGCUCCGCCGCCCGCGAAUGAGCUGAGGCCGGGCCCGACCGCCGCCGCCGCGGGUGCUAAAAGAACAACUCAUCAUGGGAGCAUUUUUAGACAAGCCAAAGAUGGAGAAACAUAAUGCCCAAGGGCAGGGUAAUGGGCUUCGUUAUGGGCUAAGCAGUAUGCAGGGUUGGCGAGUCGAGAUGGAGGAUGCGCAUACAGCCGUGAUUGGUUUGCCAAAUGGACUUGACGGAUGGUCAUUUUUUGCUGUAUAUGAUGGGCAUGCUGGAUCCCAGGUGGCCAAAUAUUGCUGCGAGCAUUUAUUAGAUCACAUCACAAGCAACCAGGAUUUUAAAGGGUCUGAUGGACCACCUUCUGUGGAGAGUGUAAAGAAUGGAAUCAGAACAGGUUUUCUGCAAAUUGAUGAACAUAUGAGAGUAAUUUCUGAGAAGAAACAUGGUGCAGACAGAAGCGGAUCAACAGCUGUGGGUGUCAUGAUUUCUCCUCAACACACUUACUUCAUCAACUGUGGAGACUCAAGAGGUUUACUUUGUAGAAACAGGAAGGUUCAUUUCUUCACACAAGAUCACAAACCAAGUAAUCCACUGGAGAAAGAGCGUAUACAGAAUGCAGGUGGCUCUGUAAUGAUUCAGCGUGUUAAUGGCUCUCUUGCUGUGUCAAGAGCACUUGGGGACUUUGAUUACAAAUGUGUCCAUGGGAAAGGUCCCACAGAGCAGCUUGUGUCACCAGAGCCUGAAGUUUAUGAAAUUGAGAGAUCAGAAGAAGAUGAUCAGUUCAUCAUACUGGCUUGUGAUGGUAUCUGGGAUGUUAUGGGAAAUGAAGAGCUGUGUGACUUUGUAAGAUCCAGGCUUGAAGUCACCGAUGACCUUGAGAAAGUUUGCAAUGAGAUAGUCGACACCUGCUUGUACAAGGGAAGUCGAGACAACAUGAGCGUGAUAUUGAUCUGUUUUCCAAAUGCACCAAAGGUAUUGCCAGAGGCAGUGAAGAGAGAGACAGAGUUGGACAAGUACCUGGAAAGCAGAGUAGAAGAGAUCAUAAAGAAGCAGGGUGAAGGCGUACCAGACUUAGUCCAUGUGAUGCGCACGUUAGCAACUGAGAGCAUCCCAAACCUCCCGCCAGGGGGUGAAUUGGCAAGCAAACGGAGUGUGAUUGAAGCUGUUUAUAACAGACUGAACCCCUAUAGGAAUGAUGACACUGACUCCGCAUCAACUGAUGAUAUGUGGUAAAACUGCCCAUCUAGCUGUGGAGUUAACAUUCAUCCUUCAAAUGAAAGUGCGGCCCAACCUCAGUGACCCUUCUUAACGUCCACCCUCAACUUUAUUUAACGAAGGGAAUAUGAUGUGUUGGAGAGUGACUACACCAGAAAACUACAGCAGUACGACGUCUAGCCCAGGAACUGAUGAUUUUUGUAUAACAGACUUCUGUAAACGUGAUCUCAAACCAUAAUUCAUAUUGUAAAUCAGACUCCAGCAAUUUAUGUUGUAUGAUUUUGUUUUUGUAAAGUGCAAUUGUCCUGUACAAAAUGCUCAUAUUUAAUUAUGAACUGCUUUAAUUCACUAUCAAAGUUAGAAGAAACGUUUGGCUUGUUGUGUGAUGCAACAAAUAUAUAGCCCUUUAAAAUCAUGUUGUGGUUUUGGAUUGCAAGGAGCAGCAGCCUAGCCAGGUAGAUGCUCAAGAGGUGCACAAAACUGUAAGAAUUACUUAUUUAUAUAAAGCUGAGUGUUUGGACAGUUUAUCCCAACUAUCACGUGUGAAUUGCUUGGCGGUGGAAAAAUAACACAGUAUACCGCUUGUUCAUGUUUUCUGUUGCUGUUUAUGGUGAUCCCACUCCUGUUCUCAUUUGAAAUAAAUUGGAGAUUUGGCUUGACUUCAGUGGAACAGAAGAUCAUGCUCUGUAAUAAUAGAGCGGGUUCAGAGGCAUACCAAUUUUGGGGUUAGAAAUCCUUGAUUCUUCACCUGCCUCUUACAAACGCUUACAUGAAAUUUGCUAAUCAGUUGAGCACAGAGGAACAACUUUCUACAUACCAGUAAGCAUCUACAGCAUUUUAACUAUUCUGAGUGGCUGGGUUGGCUGCUGUUCCAAGUAAAAUAGUCUGAAUUCCAUUUUAUCAAUAAAGCUUGAUUUAACAAACAAUAAAUUUAACCAUAUACGUGUAAUUCCUUUUUUCCUGCCUUUUUCAGUGCCAUUGUAAAUGCGGUUUUCACAUGUGGGAAAUAUUUUAAUAAUUGUAGCCCAUUUUUAAAAUGGGGAGAACUCUUGACUUCUGCCCAAGGCAUAGACAGACACUAGAGGAUGUAGCAAUCUUAGUCUAUAUUUUUACAUGUCUCUCUCUCUCUUUCUUUCAGGCUUUUUAUUCACUGAGAUGUGCAUUGGCUUGAAUUUGCCUACUGCUUAAUGAAAAUACAUUUGUCAGAGCCUGACAAUCUUAACAUUUUAUCGUGGGGGUUUUUUUGUUUUGUUUUGUUUUAAUUGGCCCAUUUAUUUGGAAUGAGAAAGUAGUGGUUAAACAGUAUUUGUGAUUUGAAACAUAGCAUGUUGACAAUAUUUAACUGUUGGUUAUUAAAAUUCUAAUUUUUAAAUUUUAUAGGAGUAAUAAACUAAUUUGAUUUAAGCGUAGCUUUGUCCCAUUGAACAUUCAAAACCGAGUUUUCAGAUCAGUCAUGUUUGCAAAACUACUGUUUUGUGCACCUUGUAUUGUCUUUUUAGAUUGAGGAUAUUGUAUUUGUUAUUAAUAUAUAGUUUACUUUAAUCAUUCAGUAGGCAGAUUCCCCAAAAGUAAAAUAAAUGAAUAAGUAGAUUGUAAUAUUUUACUGCAACUAAACAAAAAAAAAAAGUGAAAACUUUGGUGUAUAAUUACUUUUUGAUAGGAAAAUGUAGUACGUUGCGUUUUACUAUAAUUUGUCUUCUCCCUAACUUUGAAAUAUACAUAUUUGUAUAUAUAGCCUUAAAACUAAUGCAGAGUUAGGGAUCACUGAACAGUGCAAAAGUAACUUAUAGUGUCUCAGAAUUAAGUAUAGUAUAUACCAGCAUUUUUUUCUUUUAUCCCUUUUGUUUAUGUGUGGUGCUUAAAUGUUACUUCAUUGUAUUCAAUUUGUAACCUGUUCAAGCAUGAAUGAAGAGAACAUAAGCACUAUUUGUAUUUAUAAAUUUAUAGCAAUUUUGCUUAAAGAACCAAUUCCUUACCUACCUACAAAUAAAUGCUUAAAAUGUCUAAUUUUGUUGUAGAGUGCAAAACUAUAAUAAUGUCAUAGCUUCGCAGGCACCUAAUGAACAUAUGUAUUUAAUACUACACAGUAUACAAGUACAGGAAGCUAAACUUAUUCUAGGACUAGACUACGCAGAUAAAGUUCUGUUCAUUACUUUUCUACAUAGACUAAAGUUUAGUUCUGGAAACUGCAAAACCUUGAACUGGACUGUGGAAACUUUGAGAUUAUAAAACCUUUAAAAAUUGCAGAAUUGUGGUGGAAAGCCAUAUUUCAAACAAUAAUCACUUAAAAUGUGUCAGUGACAUACUGUAUAUUUAAAGCCUUUUCUUAUGAGGCCCUUUCUAAAGAAUAUAAAGAACAAUUCUGCUAUUGCUACCAGUGCUGUAACUAGAUUUGGAGGUAAAGGAGGAAUGUUUUUUGCCAUCCCUUCUUUUUCUGCCUUAUGUUCAGCGCUUUAAUCUGGUGAGAGCACUGAAUCACUUAUGUGCGCAUAAACACUGCCAUUUUAGGUACAGAGUAGAAUUAUGAAGUACAUGAAUUAAGUGCAUAAAAUAUUCUAGCAAGGGACUAGCUGUACUUUUCACUAAGCAGCAAAAAGAAAAAUUAAAAAGGCACUUUUGCACCUUUGUGCAUUUCCUUUUUGCACCAGUUAAACUUUUUUUUUAAUGCUAAAAACAUUAGCACCUCAGGGGCAAGAUAGCAAAAUUUUUUGAAGUAUUGUGUGCUAUUUAUUUCCCUCUGGAAGAAGAUUUUUUGUGUGACAUAAAUGCACUUGUUACGUUCAAAUAUGUAUUUUGAAUAUGCAUUCAAAUAGGAUGGUCCCAACUUGCUCAUUUAAAAAAAAAAAAAAAAAAAGGCAAUGCCAUUUUGUAAGGCAACUUUGCUUCCCAUGCUGUUCAAGUUUCUGUUGUUCCUUUACAUUUGACAGCUUCACUGGUUUCAAUUUCUGUGAAUAUUGUUGUAGCCAGAUUAAAUGUUUUCACUGAUCAUUUUGAGGGGGGAUGUGACCUGUACUGCUUUUGUAGAUGACACUGUAUUCAAAUAAUCGUAUGCAACUCGGAAUUCACUCAAGAUAGGGUUUUUAAAAAUGCAUUAACUUAAAAAAACCACUAUCCAACUUGAUUCAGUUGCAUUUUUCAGUGGGCCCUGGUUUUGCAAGACUCCUGCACCCGUUUAUUGACUCGCUGCAUAGACAUGUUGGGGGCUUCCCACACACCGUGGAUUGCAAAACGGGGGGGGCUUACAGUUGGCCUGCUCAAUCAGUGACACUAGAGGGGACUUGUUCCUUUGCCACCAUGCGGCGGUUUCAUUCUUCAGCAGAAAUUAGAAUCGGAGAAAAGAAUUUCAUCUGUAUUGUCAUUUAAGUCAUGAAGAGAUGUGGUAAUCCCAGGACAGUGUGUCACUACAACAAGAUGCCUGAAGAAUAUUAGCCAAUAGUUAAAUAACUACAGCAUUCUCCUUGAUGGUUAUUUUUGUAAUGCAUGGUAGUUAUUAACAUCUUGUAUUUAUGGGUAUUAACUGACUUGACUAUCAAAUGAUCUACUGCAUAGUUUCCAACUGAAUUGGUUAAAAGCUGUAAGAUUUGAGUCAUUUUGCUCAGUCCAAGAACUUGAAAAUUCGUAAGGUAAUUGAAAUAAACUGAAACGUGGAACAUA